CCGAGCGGGCGACCAGGCGCUUGCCCGCCCUGUGCCGCCGCCGCUCCGGAGCGCAGGACCAGGCACCUCCAGCGCCGGUCGCCGCUGCCAAUGCGGCCCGGGCACUUUUAAUCAGACCGGAGGGCCGGAGAGCAGGGCUGGCCAGGGCAGCGAGCCAGCCGCGCCACCCGGAGCCGCGCCGACCCGCAGCGAGCAGGGACUGACGCCGGUCCGCCACCUCCACCCGGCCGCAAUGGAUCUAUUCGACUUUUUCAGGGACUGGGACUUGGAGCAGCAGUGUCACUAUGAACAAGACCGUAGCACGCUUAAAAAAAGGGAGUGGGAGCGGAGGAAUCAAGAAGUUCAGCAGGAAGAUGACCUCUUUUCUUCAGGCUUUGAUCUUUUUGGGGAGCCCUACAAGACAAACAAAGGUGAUGCCCUUGCCAACCGAGUCCAGAACACGCUUGGAAACUAUGAUGAAAUGAAGGAUUUGCUAACUAACCAUUCUAAUCAGAAUCAUCUAGUGGGAAUCCCAAAGAAUUCUGUGCCCCAGACUCCCAUCAACAAAAACGAACCAAGCUUUUUUCCAGAACAGAAGAACCGGAUGAUCCCACCUCACCAGGAUAAUACUCACCCCUCGGCCCCAAUGCCUCCACCGUCUGUCGUGAUACUGAAUUCCACACUCAUACACAGCAACAGAAAGUCAAAGCCUGAGUGGCCACGAGAUAGUCAUAACUCUAGCACUGUACCGGCAAGCCAGGCCAGCAGUCAGCCAAACAAGAUGCAGACUUCCACACAGGAGCAGCCUCAAACUAGACUGGAAGACUUCUUUGUCUACCCAGCUGAACAGCCCCAAAUCAGCUCAGUUGAAGAGUCCAACGCAUCUUCAAAGGAAGACAGCAACCCCAAGGCUGGUGGAGAAGAUGCUUUCAAAGAAAUCUUUCAGGCCAACUCAUCAGAAGAAUCUGAAUUUACAGUGCAAGCACCUGGGUCUCCCCUGGUUGCUUCCUCUUUGUUAGCUCCCAGCAGUGGCCUUGUGGUUCAGAACUUCCCUCCAGGGCUUUACUGCAAAACAAGCGUGGGGCAACAAAAGCCAACGGCAUAUGUCAGACCCAUGGAUGGCCAAGACCAGGCACCAGACAUCUCUCCAACACUGAAACCUUCCAUUGAAUUUGAGAACAGCUUUGGGAAUCUGUCAUUCGGAUCACUGCUGGAUGGAAAGCCCAGUGCAGCCAGUUCAAAGACUAAACUGCCAAAGUUCACCAUCCUCCAAACAAGUGAAGUAAGCCUUCCCAGUGAUCCAAGCUGUGUUGAAGAAAUCUUGCGGGAAUCUCAACAUCUGACUCCAGGAUUCACCUUACAAAAGUGGAGUGACCCAACCAGCAGAGCUUCUACAAAGAUGCUUGAAGAUGACCUAAAGCUGAGCAGUGAUGAGGAUGACCUUGAGCCUGUGAAGACCUUAACCACCCAGUGCACAGCCACGGAGCUGUACCAGGCUGUCGAAAAAGCAAAACCUAAGAAUAAUCCUGUGAACCCACCCUUGGCCACACCCCAGCCCCCACCUGCAGUUCAAGCCAGUGGGGGUUCUGGCAGCUCCAGCGAGUCAGAGAGCAGCUCCGAAUCAGACUCUGACACGGAAAGCAGCACAACUGACAGCGAGUGCAAUGAGGCACCUCGAGUGGCCACUCCAGAGCCUGAGCCACCCUCAACCAACAAGUGGCAGCUGGAUAAAUGGCUGAAUAAGGUGACAUCUCAGAACAAAUCAUUUAUUUGUGGCCAAAAUGAAACGCCCAUGGAGACAAUUUCUCUGCCUCCUCCAAUUAUCCAGCCAAUGGAAGUCCAGAUCAAAGUGAAAUCAAACCCCAGCCAGGUAUUGGCUGAGCCCAAAGAAAGGCCUCUCCUGAGUCUCAUUAGGGAGAAAGCCCGUCCUCGGCCCACCCAGAAAACUCCAGAAACAAAGGCUUUGAAGCAUAAAUUGACGACUGUUGAGACAGCUUCUCAAAGGACAAUUGGGAAGAAACAACCCAAAAAAGUUGAGAAGAACACCAGCAUUGAGGAGUUUACCUGGCCCAAACCAAAUAUUACCAGCAGCACUCCCAAAGAAAAAGAAAGUGUGGAGCUUCCUGACCCACCAAGAAGCCGCAGCAAAGCCACUGCCCACAAACCAGUUCCUAGGAAAGAACCAAGGCCUAACAUCUCCUUGGCUGCUGAGAAGAAGAAGUACAGAGGGCCUAGCAAGAUUGUGCCAAAGUCCCGGGAAUUCAUUGAAACAGAUUCGUCUACAUCUGACUCCAACACCGAUCAGGAAGAGACCUUGCAGAUCAAAGUCCUGCCUCCUUGCAUGGCUCCUGGAAGCAACUCUGCAAAAUCCAAGGAGACCUGUGGUGCAAGCCUGACCUUCAGUACCUUAAUCAGCAGCAGCAGCAGCAGCAGCAGCAGCAGCAGCAACAACAACAGCUUAUCCAGCAGUAAUGAUGAGCCAUCUUUCUCGCCCAUUUCUGUCAUGCAGACAGAGUUACUGUCCCCUCUUCGAGAUCACGAGAAUCUGAAAAACCUCUGGGUGAAGAUUGACCUUGACUUACUUUCUAGAGUACCUGGCCACAACUCACUUCAAGCAGCAUCUGCCAAGCCAGACCACAAGGAAACACCCUCAAAACCCAGACGUCAGACUGGUACCACAGCUGUGGAAAAACCUGCCCCGAAAGGCAAGCGUAAGCACAAGCCAACAGAAGUUGCCGAGAAAAUCCCGGAGAAGAAGCAGCGCCUGGAGGAGGCCGCCACCCUCUGCUUGCUUCCUCCUUGCAUCUCACCAGCCCCACCCCAUAAGCCUCCCAGCGCUAGAGAAAAUAAUUCAUCCAGGAGAGCAAAUAGAAGAAAAGAAGAAAAAUUGUUUCCUCCUCCACUUUCACCCCUGCCAGAGGACCCUCCACGUCGCAGAAAUGUCAGUGGCAAUAAUGGACCCUUCAGUCAAGACAAAAACAUCUCCAUGACUGGACAGGUCACCUCUACUAAACCUAAGAGAAGCGAAGGCAAAUUCUGUGCUACUUUCAAAGGGAUAUCCGUAAAUGAGGGAGACACUCCAAAAAAGGCUGCCUCUGCCACCAUCACUGUCAGCAAUGCUGCUAUUGCCACUGCCACUGUCACUGCUACUGCCACUGUCACAGCUACUGCCACCACUACUGCCACGGCCACCACUACAACUACCACCACUACUAUUUCCACCAUCACCUCUACUAUUACUACUGGCCUCAUGGAUAGCAGUCACCUGGAGAUGACGUCCUGGGCAGCCCUGCCUCUUCUCUCCAGCAGCAGCACUAAUGUCCGGAGACCCAAGCUCACUUUUGAUGACUCGGUUCACAACGCUGAUUAUUACAUGCAAGAGGCUAAGAAGCUGAAGCACAAGGCUGAUGCACUGUUCGAGAAGUUUGGCAAAGCUGUGAAUUAUGCUGAUGCGGCUCUCUCCUUCACCGAAUGUGGCAACGCCAUGGAACGUGACCCUCUGGAAGCCAAGUCCCCGUACACCAUGUACUCUGAGACUGUGGAGCUCCUCAGGUAUGCAAUGAGGCUGAAGAACUUUGCGAGCCCCUUGGCUUCGGAUGGGGACAAAAAGCUGGCAGUAUUAUGCUACCGAUGUUUAUCACUUCUUUACUUGAGGAUGUUUAAACUGAAGAAGGACCAUGCUAUGAAAUACUCCAGAUCACUGAUGGAAUAUUUUAAGCAAAAUGCUUCAAAAGUCGCUCAGAUACCAUCUCCAUGGGUGGGCAAUGGAAAGACCACUCCUUCCCCAGUAUCUCUCAACAAUGUCUCUCCCAUCAACGCAAUGGGGAACUGCAACAACGGCCCGGUCACCAUCCCCCAGCGCAUUCACCACAUGGCCGCCAGCCACGUCAACAUCACUAGCAACGUGCUACGGGGCUACGAACACUGGGACAUGGCUGACAAGCUGACAAGGGAGAACAAAGAAUUCUUUGGCGACCUGGACACGUUAAUGGGGCCUCUGACCCAGCACAGCAGCAUGACCAAUCUUGUCCGCUAUGUUCGCCAGGGACUGUGUUGGCUCCGCAUCGAUGCCCAUUUGUUGUAGUGGGUGCUCUCUCAUCUCGAGCAUCACCACCCAUCACUCUACCUCUACCAGCGCACUGACGGUCACUGGUGGAACUCCACUCAUUUGGGAAAGUUCUCUUUGGUUAUGUUUGUUUUUAUGCUUCUUUUGAUAUCUGUGAAAAACUGAAGUCAUUGUAAGUGGACACUACAACUUGAGAGCAGUGUAUGUUUUAUUAUUUUUGAGUAUGUCAUAUGCAUUUCUCAGAUCCCAGCAUCUUUUUCUGGUUUAUGGAAUGAUAGUCCCUACAUUAUUAUUUUAAAUCCACACUACCCAAAACAAAGAAUGAGAAGCACAUGUGAUGAUAACAGGUUCCUGAGAAAUGAAACAAAUGGUCUCACAUACAGAUGAGAAUUUAGAUACGAGGGACCUGCAAAGAUUUUCAGCAAUAGUCAUCCCUAAGCUCUACUCUUAUGUCCAGAAAAGAAUGUAUUUCAGAAUCCACUGUUACACUUUUGUGGUUCCCAACAGAUUCAAUCUUUAGGUGAGAAUUCUUAUUGCCAAUUCUCAUUGUCUUAUUCUUCAGGUGAGAAUUCUUAUUUUGACAAUAAGAAGUUUUAGAUGUUGUAGCAACAUCAUAAAAUCAAAAAAUAUCAAGAAAUAAAGGGGCAUGGCAAUAUGGCUCUUGAAGAUGCUAUGCCAUACAACCAGAGGCCAUUUUUUCUUAGCAUAUUGUUCCUGAUUUACUUCUUUUUUUUAGAUUUUAAUGAUGAGAAAGAGGGAUGACGUUUAUUUUGACAACUUUAAGGCAUCAGCUAGAUUAAAAUUGUUUGAACUCCAUGAUUUGAAGCUUAAAUCCUCACCGAGAUCUUCUGUGUGCAAAGCUCCUCUUUUGAGGAGAAGUUUGGUGGUUGCAUGCCUUAGUAGCCAAAAUGCUACUUGCCAGUCUCUGCUGGGACAUAAGAGAGGUCUGGAAAAUAUCCGACGUGGAAUUCACAUAUCUGCCUCCUUUGCAGCCAGUGACACAUCCGUAACUAGCUGGAUUUUUAAAUUGCAUUUUGCUCAAAUCUAUGGAAACUAAAGUCAAAUUAUCAUUGCCUGAAAACAAUAAUAUACAGUUUUCUUCCUAGUGAUUUUAAAAUCUGGACUUCCCCAGUUAUGGUCCACAUUUUCUAUUUUCAGAGUUUCCUUUUUCUCCUUUCAUUUUUCUUUUAUCUUUUUUUUUCUUUUCCUUUCCUUGAUUCUGACUCAUCAGCUUUUGAUUGAAAUAUCAUCACUGAUUUUUAAAAAAUUUAUGACUAUGGACGCACGUUAAAAAUCCAAAGAAAACUCCUAACUCUGUAAGUAGUAGCUAACCCUAAAAUACGUGAUUCUUGGGGUAGUGCUUCACUGUGGGGCACUUUAUAAGAGCCCCAAUGAUUGGGAAGAGCUCACCUAAUUUGGAGACGUUUUCCUACCAGUUAUGACUGUCUCCCCUCCUUAUGAUCCUCUACAUUCAUCUUCUGUCCCUAAGCAUCACAAUGUAAAUAUCAUCUCUGGUGUUCCAGCUCACCAGAAGAAUCCCCGACUUGUAGUAAACACUAUCCAUACAUUAGUUACUUGUAAUUACCUGCUGGCAUAUAAUUCCAUGUAGCCUUUAAUCUGCUGAGUUCUUGAAUUCUGUUCACUGAGCUAUGACCAGAUAAAUAAUAGAUAUGCACAUGAAAAAUGCAAACUUGUAUGAUUUUUAAAGGAAGUCAUGCAGGUCUGUGAUAAAAACAGCAGGUGAUAACUCUGCACUCUCAUUGUCAAGGUUAGAUAUAUUCCAGUUGCAAAAGAGCCAGACUUGAGCUCUGCUCUGGUCAUCUUUGAGUUUAAGGCCCUUUGUUGUAUAAUAAGGCUAUGGAAGUUGUACUCCAAUGGCUAAGGCCAUGCUGUUAAUAUGGCUGCUGGAGCAUCCCAGCAGCUGAACCCCACACUUUUUAUGCUCCCAAUGUGGUUGAGCUUCACGUUUGCCGUCUCAACAACACUUGAACACACACACACAUGCACACAUACAAAUGAAACCGGAAAAAAUCUUUUCUGAGCCUCUUACAUGAGGAAGAUAAUCAUAUGAAAGACUCAACACCCAAAGUGGGUGUCACAUAUAAAAAAUUAAGCUGAUGACUUUGCAGUGACUCAAGUUCUCUGUUUUCCAUAGCUUACCAGGUAGUGUGCCUGGCUAUUACUUUAUCAUGAAGCCCACAGGCUUGACUUGUAAGCUUAACCUAGACCAUGAUCCUAUACCAUCAUGGAUUUAGGACUAGAUUCUUCUUGAAAUUCAAAAUCUCUAGAAACUAGACAUUAGAAUGCUAGGGGCAGUUUCCUAGGAAACAAACAUAACGCCUCACAGAUGAAAGACUUGUAGCUCUAGUUUCAGUAACUUCUUAUAUCUACUUUCAUACAACAGGGAGGCAAGAGGAUUCUCUGUCAUCUCUGGUGGCUGAGUGUAAAGUGUGUGCCAAGUCAGCAGCGCAAUUAUCAAAUCUGAGAGUCGAGCUCUGGAUCACCACCUGAUUAUUUAGUAGGACCAUUUUUAAAACAGCUUCGAAACCAAUUAAACAUGGAAAAUGAAUUACCUUCUUAUCCCUGCAGAUGAGACAUCACAGUUUCAGGAUAAAUACUGUUGCUGUUUGCUAGCUACUCAGUUCAUCCCAUUAUGAAUGGUGAUGUGUGUUGUAGGUGUGCAGCUAUUUGAGGGGUGAGGGAUUAAGAUAUUUUGUCAAAUGAACCUUUUCAGCAUACCUGUUUGUGGGAGGGACACGAGACACGUGGAUAGCAGUGAGAUACUAUGCCUCUAGACCUUGAUGGAGGCUUGGUGAAACACAUCUCAGUAAGCAUGUGGAGGUAGAGUAAUCGGCAGCUAUCUCUACCUGAGCAAGGAUAAACAAUCUUAGCCCUACCACAUGACCCAGGUAGGGCCACCACUAUGCCUUCAUUUCUCACUCAAGCUCCAACCACAGAGAGUCUGACAAGUUUGUGUUAUGAUGUUGGCUUGGCGUUAUAUUUUUAAUUAGCUUUGGAUUUUUUAGUGGUUUUGUCAUAUUACUGUCUGAGUUUGGUAGGUAGGAUUAAUUUGAGAAGACUUUAGUAGUGUGGUUCUUGGGGUAGAAUUUAGCUGUAAGCAUGUUGUUAGCCAGCCUGUAGACUGUUAAUUACUUAAUAAUCUCACUGGGAAAAUACUAGUAGUUUUAUAUUUGGGUGACGUGAUUGGAAAAGCAGAUUAGCUAUUGUUACUUUAAAAAGACUUGAGGUUGGGAUGCACGGUUUUCCCACAUAGUGAGAUAAAAAGAUCCAAAUAUUUGCUCGAUAACCAAGUUGCAAAAUUUGAAGCCAUUGGCUAGAAUGUGCUUUGCUGGACAUCCAAAUGGAUGACUCUUCAUUUGGACAGUACACCGCUGAAUGCGUUGGAUUUGCUCUGCACCGGAAGGGUACUUGUUCUAUGGUAGCUUUCCUGAAGGUAUCUAAAUUUCAUUUUCUUUUACUCAAAUUUGCAUCCCAGAGGUUGACGUUGGAGUUUCAAGUUGGAAAACAUUUUGGAAGGCAGACUCGAUUGAGUUGUGAGGGUGAAGCCCUCACAUACAUCUGAACAGACAUGAUGAAAUUCACUCGCACGAGUUGGUGGGCAGGAGAACCAAACUGGAUCACUGGGUAGGACUACUCAGUAAAGCAAUGAACUAGUUGCUUAGAGAGGCAUCACUAUCCCCGUUCAGAAAAACGUGUGGCAAGAUGAGAUAGCUACACAAUAUCAAACAAGUGGGCCAAUUCAGCGCCCCCCAAUUCAAUUCUGUGGGGAAAAAGUAUUGAGCCAGUUGUCAGUGGUCUGUUACAAAACUGACAAACUGAAUUCUUUGUCGUUGUCGUUGUUGUUGUUGUUGUUGUUUCUCAUUUCCACUUGCACAGCCUUAUUCUCAUAAUUAAACUCUGAUUCAUUUUCUCUUUGGUGUUUGCAAACUCCAACAACAGAAAUGGCAUCUGUGUAUUGGUAAUCAGCAUUUACCCUGGCAGGAGACUAAUCAAAUAGGCUCAUCUCAGACAUUAGUCCUAUCAUCUGAUAUUUCCAGCAAAACAAAACAUAAUGAUUCCCUUUCCAUUCUCCUCCUCACAAAUCCAGAAGCCCUCUUUACCAAGAGCAUCACAUUUUUCUCUGUAAUCUAUGGACUAAAAGAAAAUUGUUGUGGGGAGGGUGGAGGGGGCGUGGGGGUGGAGGGCGGAGGGUGGGGAAGCCCCCGGAGGUCACGCUGCAGCUCAUUCCCCUUCCUGCUUCUGACAUGAGAUGUUAAAGAAUCAUUCAUAGUGCUCACAUUGGGUUAGGGGACACUGAACUGCUUUUCAGAUCCAUGACCAAUCAUCAUUCUUCUGAGAUUGGAGCUUUGCUGUUUCAUUAACUGUGCAGUGUAGACUAAUGGUGUUUAAUAAAAAUCAUUCAAAAUUUCAAA